CAUAGUCGUCAUCUCUCGAUCAGACGCGCUUGGGGGGUUGCAGCGCGGGAACGUGGCUGUUCGCCUUCUCCAAGGCUUACCGACGCUUGUGAAGUAAAUAUCACCACGUAUGAGUCACGUAAAGGCGAUCUGAGUUUCCCUGUGCGGAAAUGACGAGCUUCCAGAACUCAAGAAGCGCUGAACUCUGCUCUGAGGCCCAAUCACUUGCAUUCAAGGCUGUAUGCAAACUUUAUGACGCGGUUCAUGAGCUUAAUGGCGGGCAAGCAAACGAGUCGCACCCUGGUCGAGAUGCAGUUUCAAUGUCGGAAGAUUCGCGCCAAGCGCUGGCGGACAUGCGCUCCACGGCGGAGCUGUGGGAAGCUGGCAUGCGCUGCUUCAACUGCGGCCUGCAGUACGACCUGCUGGGGCAGCCGUACGACCCGCAGCUGCACGACCUGGACCCCUACGACCCCAGCCUCCUCGGGCAGCCAGGGCUGGGCGCGGUGGUGGCGUCGGUGGUGCGGCCGGGAUUCCUUGUGUCAGGCUGCGUUGUCGUCAAGCCGCUGGUCAGGGUACACCUGUACGGCAACAGCCGCACUUCAUCCGCUGGCGCGCCGCCUCAGCUGCUGCUGCCCCAGGCCGUGCGCCGCGCCAGUGACCCAGUGAAGCAGCACGCCAACGGCAGUAGCAGCCACCCCGGCAACCCUGGCCACCCCGGCGCUGGCAGUAGCGGCAGCGGCACUGCGACCCGGUCGGGGGCUGCAAGCACGGACAGGGACCCCGGCUUCCAGGCGCAGCCUCACGAGCAAACACUGGUCCACGAGGAGGAGGACAACGACGCCAGCGUGAGUGAGAUGUACGGGUUGCUCGCGGGCCCGACACCUGGGCCGUCGGCUUCGCGCAAUCAGGCCCAGCCCCAGGCGCGGAUGCAGGCGGCGGCUGCCGCCGCGCCACCGGCCCGGGGCACUCAGCCGCCGCGAGGUGCCGCCGCUGCGGGCCUGUCGCCGGCUCUGGCGAUAGCGACAGGCCACCACCUGCAGCACCAGCAGCAGCAACAGCAGCAACAGCAGCAACAGCAGCAGCAGCAGCAACAGCAGCAGCAGCAGCAACAGCAGCAACAGCAGCAACAGGCAGCGACGGCCGUGGCGGAGCGCGGCGGCAGUAACGCCAGUGGCGCCCAUGAUGCCCGGCGACUGCCCCCGACCCUGGACUACAUUAUGCGGCACCGCAGCGGGAACGAGGCUACCGGCUCGGGGCGCGCUGUCAGCGGCACGGCGCCGCCACCGGCGCAGCAGGCGGCUGCGGCCGGCCCCGCGACUUUCGCUCCCAGCGAUGCAAGGGCGGCCAGCAGCGGUACCAGUAGCGGCACCAAGCCGGCUGUAGCGAAUGGGCCGUCGGACCCGCUGCAGCUGCUGCUGUCGCUUCGGGGUCGCAACGCCAGCGGUGGCGGCGCUCCUACCGCUCCCGCUCCCUCCAGCACGACUGCUGCGGCUGAUGCAAAGCCCGCACCAGCUGCACCUGCGUCUUUCUCGGUGCCUGCUGCCGACGCGUUCGCCCACGGCGCCGCAGACAGAUCUGCUGCACCGGCCCCCGCCAAGGGCUCCCGCCCGGACACCCGCGCUGCGGCGGCGGAUGGCAGCCAUGGGCAGUCCAACGGCGCGGCGGCAGCCGACGACAGCGGCAACGACGAUGUGGGGUACGGACAGUACGACAAACCCAACGCUGUGCCGUACGGCCGGCGGCACCGACAACAACAGGAGCAACAGCAGCAGCACAGCAACACACAGGUUGCACAGGCCGCGGCGCCAGUCGUAGUGGCGGGAACGGCAAUGGGGCCAGCAACGACGGGGGCGCUGGGGGCGCUGCCGCCACGAGCCGGGACGCCUACAUCGCGCGCGGCGGCGGCUGCUGCCUCAAACGCCAUCUCAGGCGCGUCGCGCAUGGCGGUCGCCGCGCUGGCGGCGGCCGCCGCGGCCUCAGCCCAGGGGCCUGGCCGUCCCUCACGGACGCCGUCUCCACUUGACGACGCGGAACCGUCCGCCACACCUGCGGCUUCCGCUCAGGCGCAGGCGCAAGCUCCCUCCGCGCAGCAGCGUGUGGGGCCUAUUGAGCACCAGGCGGCAACGCGCCAUGGUUCGCAGGGCGCGGGCGUGGGCCUUGGCGCGCGUGGCAGCCGCCCGGGCAACGGCAGCGGCGGUCGCGGCGGAGCAGGCAAGAAGGCCGGCGUUGCCGUGGCGCCGCCUCCGGCUGAAGAGGCGCCUAGCGAGGCGAGCGGCAGCAGCAGCGCCCUGGAGGCCACAGCUGGCAACGAUGAAGCGGCUGGAGCCGGCAGGCAGGGCCGCCGCGGGGCCCGCAGUGGCAGAGGCGGUCGUGUACGCCGCGACGGCGGUGACGCCGACCGGCCUGACGCCGAUGCGGGUGCUGCCGCCGCCACACCUGUGACGGCUGCGGCGGCAUCCGAGGAGGCAAGACCGGCGGAGGCGCUGCCGCAGCGCCAGCGGUCGCAGCGCGGCAGGGAUCGCGCGGGCGGGCAGCCAGGGGCCCGGCCACCGCGCGAGGGGGAGGGCCCCGCCGCGGAGGGACAGGCAACGCCGCACGGUCAAGACUCCGCCGCAGGCGCCGUCAGCGGCCCGUCCCAGCGGCAGCGGUCACAGCCACAGCUGCAACCCAGGUCCGCCGCGGCGCUGGCGGCGCCCGCCACGGCCGGGACGGAGGGCCCGCCUGCAACGGCCCCAACACGUGAGGUGUACCAGCGGCCCAAGAACCGUGGCGCCGCAACUCGUGACGCAGGCGCCCUGGAGCCCGCGCCUGUGGCUGCGGCGACUAUGCCCGUGCCUGCGCCUGGGCCGGCUGCCUCUGCAGCCGUGAAAGGCACUGCAGGCAAGGCUGGCCAGCAGGUGGGCGCGCGGGCCGCUGCCGGCGAGGUAGUGCAGGCGGGGCAGGGGCAGGACGGUGCCAGGACAGGGGCAGGGGCUGGGAGCGGCGGUGGACGCCGCGGAGGCGGCCGUGGGGCGGGGGGCGGCCCGCCGCGGGGCGGCCGCGGCGGCCGUGGUGCAGGUGGGGGCUCGGCUGGCGGGCACGGUGGGGCGGCGCCAGAUGCUUAGUGUGUUCAAUGCCAGGAGUAGGCGCCAUAAUGCAGGUGGUGUAGCGCUGCAGCAGCUGGAGGGGCAGGCGCUAACGGGCCCGCGGCGACAUGCAUGUGAUAAGCACGGCUAAGGCGCAUUGUUAGGCUUUGGUAACUUCUAUGUGCAGCUGGCAGGUCGAGACAGCUUGUUGAACGGGGAGAUGCAGCUGACAUGGAUACGGCAUUGUGAUACAAACCGACUGAAGGAUUUUUCACGGGGAAGGGCCGAGGUUACUGUAGCUGUCAUGGCGGCCGUUAGAUACCGUAUUGCACUUGCACGUUUGACCGAGGUGCAGAUAGGUUGCAAGGAACAGGGGAUUGGAUGGGUCUUGGGUCGGAAUGCCGGAGUAAGGAGGCCGCCUCAGCAGUGUCGGGUACUUGUGCGGGCUGAACCAAGUGGUGCGGGGGUCAGGGAGCUUCAAUGAGACAAUGGCUGCAACAAGGAGGUGGCUGCCUUAUGGCAGGAAAAGGGCUGAUCCCGGGUCGUUAUCAACCCAGCCAC